CUUCGAGCGGAAAUAUGGUUUGCGUACAGGCUCCAGUCAGACCUCAAGGCUCCCAAGGUCACCAAGGUCCACCAGGCCUUCCCGGUCCACCAGGCCGUCCCGGUCCUCGAGGACCGAGCGGCAAAAGAGGAAGGAAGGGGUCAAGGGGCGUACCAGGUCCCCAAGGAAAGCGGGGCGUGAGAGGAUUACCGGGACCCCCUGGAAAAUCGCCAUCAGAUGGAGACAAAUUGGAAAUUCCACGUCUUAUUUCGAAACCAUCCUCUUCUGUGACCCGUAGAGAGAAACAGAGCGUCACGCUUCCUUGUAAAGCUGUUGGCUUUCCACAGCCGCUUAUUAAGUGGUACAAAGAUAAUGAGCCCAUAGACGAAAGAAGAAAGCAUUUUACUGAAUGGAAUUUGGAAUUUCAGGAGAUAAAGUUCGAAGACCGAGGAAUUUAUACCUGCAAGGUGGAGAAUCUUUUGGGGAGUGCAAAUUUAUCGGUCAAUGUAACUGUAAAUGUACCACCAAAAUUCAUCACGCAACCAAAGAGUUUUGUGACGGGUGUCAAGAAUUGGGACACUAUUCUUACAUGUGACAUAUUCGGCUACCCCGCCCCAGUUAUCACGUGGACAAGACCUCCGAAGCAACUUUUCCCGAACAGGCACAUCAUAGAUGGCAAGCAACUUACGAUUAAGAACACAACGGAGAGCGAAGGUUUUGUUUGCCGUGGGGUCAACUCAUUGGGAAAUGUGAUGGCUCUGAUAUGGGUCCUCGUUAAAGAUGUGGGUAAGACAAAUACAGUAGAACCUCGAUUUAACGAACUGCCAAGGGACUGGGGAAUUUGUUUCGUUACAUCGAGGGUUCAUUGUAUUGAGGUUUUGUGGCAUACAUUUCACUGUAACUUUAGCCUGGCUGAAACUGAAGUAUUGUUCGUUAAAUCGAGGAACUCGUUAUAUCGGAGGUUCGUUAAAUCGAGCUUCCACUAUCAGUCAAAGGCGCUCACCGGAAACCUUUGGAGUACCACGUUUUGUUAA